UUUACAAUGAGCAGACAAAAAUAAGUUGAAUCUUAGUAACGUAACAAUGUACGUGUAUAUCGCAAUUGAUGGUUGACAUUUGCAUUGAUGUCAGACGGAUUAUUUUGAUAUGUUCUAAUGCUUAGUACUGGACUUAAAAUGACUGUGUGUCAUCAUUUAUAAUAUUAAAGCCAUGGAAUAGUGCUGAACCUAUUUUUCUCAAUCAAUGGUCCUUUUCGUUUAAAGGCAGACAAUGGAUAAAUUUGUGUGCAUUUGUGGGAUCCUGUUAAUUGUCCUGAUUCUCGUCACGGAGAUUAGCGGCAAGUCAGAUUGCCAACGCUGUUCCCAAUGCCCUGGAUCAAGCCUCUGCAAGUGUGAAAAACAAAGGAAAACUAGUUACACUAAUGUUUAUUGCAACGGAGAGGGAAAUCACCGAACAAUUCGCCAUGAAAGACUUCCAGACAGUAUUCAUCGGCUUUACGUCUCUAAUUUUAUUUUCCAAAACCUUUCAAUGGAAACGUUCCCUGUUGCGGUCAACAUUAAAAAGUUCUACUCAAAGAAAAAUGACAUAUGGAAUAUGGAUAACAAUACUUUCUUGAGUUUUCCGUCCCUAAAUGAAGUAUCGAUUUCAGAUUGUACAAUACAAAAUAUUACACAAAUAUUUGACGCCAUCAGCAGUAUGACAGGCAGAGUUAACCUUACCCUUUCUAUCAAUGGCAUGAGACUACUGACAUUAACUAAUAAGCACCUUAAGGUGUCUGGUAAAGCCAUUCUGACUAAUCUGACUCUGGAUAGAAACGAUAUUUCAGUAUUAAACACUACUCUCUUUGCUCAACUCAAUCGUCUCCAACAUCUGUCCGUGGUUCGAAACAGUAUCAGUGGUUUUUCCACUAGUAAAACACAACUCAAAGGUCUUAAGUCAUUAGACCUACAGAGAAACAGAUUGAAUGAUAGAACCGCCAGUUUUUGUUUUGAAAAUGGAACAAGUAUAUUUCCAGAUUUAUUGCUUUUAAAUGUUAGAUAUAAUCGGAUUUCAAAUAUAAAAGACGCCACAUUCUUUUGUUUACAUCGUUUGGAGACACUUGAUCUCACGCAUAACGAUAUAAUUGACCUGGAUUUUUCAAGCAUCGAAUGUCUAAGCUCGCUUCGGCACUUAAUCCUAAAACAUAAUUGGGUUAAAUCGUCUAGUGGAAUCACACCAGUAAACUUUCCACCAAAUUUAAAUCAUUUGGAUUUAAGCGCCAACCAGCUUGGACCAUACAUGCCAAAGCUCUGUUCCAAUAACAGCAUGGCAAGGAACAACCUUACACGACUGAACCUAAACAACAACUUUAUCGCCAAAAUAACAAGUAUCUACACAAAGUGUCUGGUAAAACUGAAGGAAUUAUAUCUCAGCAAGAACGCAAUUGAAACACUUGAAGACAACGCUUUUGCCCACUUGCCAAAUCUUCGGGUUUUGCAUAUUGAUAGCCAAAAGUUCGGUAUAAGACUAAUUACUGACUAUGCUUUUAACAAUUCACUUCUCAAGAAAUUGAACUUGAAGAAUAACUUUGUUUUAGUUAGUGAAAGUAAACUGGAGAACAUUUUUGUCCCAUGCCCGCAUGUAUCAACGCUGCAUUUUUCUGACAACCACGUGAAAGAUAUUACUGCUCUAAUGGAUAUGAUCACGCCUUUAAAGGGACUGACAGAGCUUACAUUGAGAAGGGUAGGGUUGAAAGAAUUUCCUUUUGAAAUAUUUAGCAGGUUUCAGACUUUGAAAAAAAUCUCUUUGGAUCAGAACAACAUAAUGUCGAAGUCUCUUCUGUCCUCCUUACAGUUUUCUUCUUCAGUCAGAUACCUGUCAAUAUCGUAUAACAGACUACAAUUUUGGCACAAACUAUUGAUUCCUCAACCAAUCAUGUCUUCAUUAAGGAAACUUUACAUAGGCCACAACUGGUUUGACUGUUCUUGUAACGAAAGUUCCAGAUGGUUGAGGAACCAGAUUAAAGAAAUACCUUCGGGCACCUUCUUUCAGAACGUUAGACUCAUCAACUGGCCAGAUCGUUACAAAUGUCAUUUCCCCGAGAGUAUGACUGGGACAUUGCUCAAAAACUAUCGACGAACUGAAGAUGAUUGCAAACUUCCAAACAAACUCAUACCUGUUUAUAUUUCUAUUGCAUGUACAUUGUUUGUGAUCUCAGUUAUUGCAGCAGUUGCCAUUUGGAAAAGAUGGUAUAUACUGUACUACUUGCACAAGAUUAAGAAAGGCUGCAAUAGGAAAAUGGCAACAACCAACCCAGAACUAACUCACCUUUUAAAUCACGAUGGGGAAACUUACGACGCGUAUGUUAUUUACAGUGAAAACGAUUGCGGUUUUGUCGUUGGAGAUUUCCGGAAGCUUGUUGAAGAACAAUUAAACUUCAAGCUCCAUAUUUGGGACAGGGACGGUAGUAUUGGAAAUGCAAGAUCAGAUUCCUACUUUGAUGCAAUGGAAGCAUCCAGACAUGUGUUAAUUAUCGUUUCUGACAAUAUCUUCAAAGAUUCUUGGUGCGAGUUCCAGAUAAACAUUGCUUUGAUGAGGAACGUUGAGACGGAUGGGCGAAAGAAAAUUUUUCUAGUCAUUUUGAGUAACCUAAAUGUAGAAUCCAUGAAGAAAUCGUGGUGUUCGUUGCUUGCUAAAACGUCUUCAGGGAAAUGGUGCGAAACGGAAAAUGGGAUACGGCGAAAGGUGUUCGUAGAAGAUCUCAAAUCCACUCUUUUUAACUGUAAUUUGUAGAAGCAUUAGUUCAACUCUGUAUAUACUGUACUGUAUGUUGUGGUAAACUGUUCACGCAAAUUGUUUUUAAUAAGAACUUUUUUAAUGAAACAUACUUUUAAUAUAGUGUUUUUUUCUUGGUCAUAUUGUAUGACUAUGUGCACUAUCUUUAUUGUAAAGGACACAGGUACAUUUUUUAGUCAAUGUUAUACAAUAAUUAGUAUCUCAGUCUUAACAAUGUCCCCCUCAUUUAUUAUCGUGUAGAGGAUGUAACUUACUCAAUUGUAUUUGAUAUUCGAUCAAACUUCACAGAAAUAUAUAGCAGCACGGAAAAGUGUCCGAUCACAUGAAAGAUGGGACGAAGCAAAAGAAGUCCCCCGCUUUGCACCGUUUAUUAGGGACUGGCAGAACCAGUAGUUGUUCGAGAUAAUGUUCUUUAACGCCAAGCCACUAUUGCAGAGGAUGACAAACUCCAGUUGGUGAUUCCAGAACCCUUGAGGAAGGAAGCCUAUCUUGAACUGUAGGUACUGUUAAGACUAAACUUGACAGUUUGUGCACUAGUGUUGCACUACAAGUGGACUACUUAGUGCACUAGGGUAAGACAAGGGACAGACUAAAUAAAGAUAAGGUACUGACCAGAUAAGGUUUCUACAGUAUAUAAUAAAUGCUGUUUUACAGCGAAACUUAGCAUAAUUUGUGCAGUUUCACCUGGUGUUUUAAUGUUAAUUAAUAUUUAAAGGAUAAUUAUAAUUCAUUAUCACCUUUCAGGUUAAUAAUAUGGAAUUAGAAAAUUAAAACAAAUAUAUACGAAAAAAUGUUGUCGUAGAUUAUAUGUUUAAAAAAGAACAAUUUACAAAUGUACAAACAUUAUAAACUGCAUGUGUAAUUAAUGAUAUACGGUCAACGGUUGAUGCAAUUUAUAUACUUAUGUCAUGAGUGCAAACAUAUUUAAAUGAAAAUAAAAUAUUGUAUGUUAUAUGUGUCGAUAUGAUAAAAAGUUUUGAUUCUAUAUAUAAAAAUGCAUUAUGGCUAAAAAUAUUUAAAUGAGAAAUCCAAGGCAAACUUCUUAGAAGUAUAAGCGAUAUGUACAAACAAGUUAAAUCAUGUGUUAAAUCAUGGUCUGAUUUUCUGAAUAUUGUUAUUAAGCUGUUGGCUUACGCCAAGGAGAGGUAAUUUCGUCUGUAUCGUUUUCUGUUUUUGUUGAAUACUUUGAGUUGUAUUUGAAAAUAAUGUUGAAUCUGGUUUAUAAUUAAAUGAUAUUGUAUUUAUGUUAUUGUUGCUCGCAGAUGGCAUGACCAUUGUAGGAAAAACACCCACAGAGUUUCAAGAUUAUUUAGAAACAAUAUAGGAGUAUUGUAAUGCCUGGAGACUUAAGUUAAUACCUCUAAAUCUAAAAGUAUGGUUUUACGUAAACGUGGUGGAUUAUUAACCACUGAGCGUUGCGCCUACAAUGGAAACGUUAUCGGCGUAUACGGGAAAUUUUGCCGUUAAUCAAUAACAUUUAAUUGGCAAAGCCCUAAAUGAUUUGAAUGGUCUAUUAUGCAAAUGCAAAUAUUCCGACAUUAGUCCAAAUAUACUUUUUGCCAAGUGUUUAAUGCUUUAUUUGUCUGUUUUAAAUUAUGCUUGUAAAAGUGAGGGAAAUUCUAAAUGAAAAGAAAUAGAGAGAAUACACCUUAAAGUUUGCGAGAAACUGUUGAAGGUUAGGCCAAAUUCAUGUAAUGCUUGUAUGUAUGGUUAACUUGGAAGAUAUUCGCUUUAUAUACAAAGGUAUAUAAGAAUAAUGAAAUAUUGUAAUAGUGGUAAAAUAAAUUGGGUAUCAGACUAUCAUGUUUUGCUCUUAUACAUUUAG